GAACGGCACGCUUGUGUCGCGUGGACGGCGCAAGUGGGAGUCGCGUUAAUUGAACUUGUCUCAGAGGACGACAGUCACGACUUUGCUUCUCGUUUCUUUGCUUCAGCACUGAGAAAAAUAACGAUAAUGAGGGGGGAGUAUUGCAUCGGAGGCGCAUCUUUUCUAUCUGCCGUCGCUGUGCUACUCAUGAUCUUUGUCCAUGUAUGUCAGAGGAAGAAGUCUCAUGGUCACAAUCUUAUCGACGCCCGCAGGUCGGACAAAUCAACACCUCAUCAGUUCCUUAUGGAAUUUCCAUGGCAACUCUCAACGUCUCGGGCUAUGGGUGAAGAUUCUCACGCGGAGGUUUAUCGCCUUAUUGACGUCGACGUUCUCCAGCUAUGCCCUCUAUCAGGCUUUCCAAGAUCCCAUACAGGGCUUGUACACUGACGAUGCGUCACUGCCUCUAGGACAGGGGCUUGGGCUUCGACAAGAAUAUAAAUUCGGCUUGUAUUCGUACUGUGCCUAUGUCAAUGGCUCGGCAGGGUCCUGUUCGAACCACACUGUUGCCAGCAGAUUCGAGCCGUACAGCGCCAUAACAGCGGACAUGCUGCAGAACUACUCGCAAUACUCGGAUUAUAUCUUCGUCGAUACCACGUUCAAGAAUUCAUCAUACCUGGGGUACAACUCCCACGUCGCCUAUUACUUUUUGCUAUUCGGCACGCUCUUUGCGUUCCUCUCAUUGUUGACCGGAGUCCUCAGACACACGUUUCUUUUCUUCAUUUCAGCCGCGUUGGCCAUCUUGUCCACGAUCUUCAUCCUGAUUGGGGCUGCUAUAUGGACAUCCUUGGUCAAGAAAGCGGAGGGCGUAAACACUCUGCAAAUUUCCUCCGGUGUCCCGGAUGGCAUAAGCAUGUCAUACGGGACUGGGAUAUACCUUAGUUGGGCGGCCUUUGCAUGCUUAGCGGCCUCCAUUGUGCCAUAUUUGAUAAGUUGCUGCACUUACCGUGGAUAAGGUGAUGCCGGGCACACGAAGCAGAAUGAUGAUAUGUUGGCGACACGUCUAACGAAAAUGAUACCACACACCCUGACACCCCACGCGAAACCCCUUUUAUGUAUGGAAAUGACGGACAAUGAAGCAUACAUAGUAAUGCAUAUUUAAGGCCUGUCGACACGGUGUGUGAACAAAAAAGAGAAGCCAGUAGCCCACCGCGAGGGUCGAACUCGCAGCCUUCAGAUUGCCUAGUGGUUAAGAGUCUGACGCUCUAUCCGAUUGAGCU